AGAGUCACCGCGAUCCCUACGCUACCUCCGUGGGUCACCUCGUAGAAAAGGCUACAUUUGCUGGAGUUCAGACUGAAGACUGGGGCCAGUUCAUGCACAUCUGUGACAUAAUUAACACCACGCAGGAUGGGCCAAAAGAUGCAGUAAAAGCUUUGAAGAAAAGGAUUUCCAAAAACUACAACCACAAAGAAAUACAACUUUCCUUGUCACUGAUUGACAUGUGUAUGCAGAACUGUGGUCCAAGUUUCCAGUCUCUGAUUGUGAAGAAGGAGUUCAUUAAAGAUACUCUAGUUAAGCUGCUGAAUCCCAGAUACACCUUGCCGCUGGACAUUCAGAACAGAAUCUUGAAUUUUAUUAAGACUUGGUCACAGGGCUUCCCAGGAGGUGUGGAUGUAAGUGAAGUGAAAGAAGUGUACCUUGACCUGUUGAAGAAAGGGGUUCAAUUCCCACCUUCGGCUGCAGAGGCUGAGACAAGGCAGGAGGCUGCCCAGCUCUCACCAAAACGACCAACACCUGUCCCUACUGCACCUGCUCUUUCUUCUAUAAUUGCUCCCAAGAACCCGACUAUUUCAUUAGUCCCAGAACAGGUGGGGAAACUGCAUAGUGAACUGGACAUGGUGAAAAUGAAUGUGAAAGUGAUGACUGCCAUAUUGAUGGAGAACAUUCCUGGGUCUGAAAACCACGAAGACAUAGAGCUCCUGCAGAAACUUUACAAGACGGGUCGGGAGAUGCAGGAGAGGAUCAUGGACCUGCUGGUCGUAGUGGAAAAUGAAGAUGUAACUGUUGAGCUAAUUCAAGUGAAUGAGGAUCUGAAUAAUGCCAUCCUUGGAUAUGAGAGGUUUACUCGAAACCAACAAAGGCUUUUGGAACAGAACAGGAACCCGAAGGAAGCCACCAAUACUUCCAAUGAGCCUCUGCUCCUUCCUGUGAUCUUCUCGACCUUAGUCCCAUCCUGCCAAACCUAUGUCCAAUGGGGAUGUACUCAACUCUGUGAAUGCUCAGCUUUCAGGCUUAAGUGUCAGCUCUCCGAGUCCUGUUAUAACAAACAACUUGUAUCCCAGGCUUCAUCCACAGGUGGAUUUGCUAGCAUCAGAAAAUACAGAAACACCACCUACUUGAAGCCCAAUCAGAUCAUUCAGGUGACGACUGCAUCUGAAGAUCCUUAA